AUGGCUCCCAAGACGCAGACCAAGGGUGGCGCCUCCAAGGCGCCCAAGGGCUCCAAGCAGGCCAACGCUGCUGCUAAGGCUGCCCUCAAGGGUACCAACUCCCAGAAGAAGACCAAGGUCAGGUACACAACCAGCUUCCACCUGCCCAAGACCCUCCAGGUCUCGCGCUCGCCCAAGUACCCCCGCAAGUCGAUCCCUCACGAGCCCCGUCUCGAUGAGCACAAGGUCAUCAUCCACCCCCUCAACACCGAGAGCGCCAUGAAGAAGAUCGAGGAGCACAACACCCUCGUCUUCAUCGUCAACAUCAAGGCAAACAAGGCCCAGAUCAAGCAGGCCCUGAAGAAGCUCUACGACAUUGACACUGUCAAGAUCAACACCCUCGUCCGCCCCGACGGUUCCAAGAAGGCCUACGCCCGCCUUACGCCCGACGUCGAUGCCCUCGACAUUGCUGCCACCAAGCUGGCCCUCGUCUAA